AUGAGAGCUGCAGUGUGGCUAUCACUCACAGCGUGCGGUGCCGUCGUAAGCACCACCGCCGCCUCAACCGCGCUCUGGGCCAUCCUGGCCUUUGUCCCACUCGUCAACGUCAUCGCCAUCCCUUCGCUCAUAGGUAGCGUCCUCGUCUUCGUCCACACCCUCCCGUUCGCGACCUAUCUCCUACUCGCACAGACCGACGCGCCCAAACACAAGGGCUCCCUCUUCCUUCCUUUCAGCCCAUCACGACACCUGGGCAUCCUUGUCGCCGUGUCGUCGUACCUCCGGGCAGUGAUCAUCCUCGCUCCCAAGUUCAUCCUCACCGUUAUCCGAACAGCAUGGAGACUCUGGCGAACAACCCCAUUCGACGACGAAGUCGACCCAAUCAUGGCCGGGUGGUGGUGGGAGAGAUACGCAAGCUUCGGAGUCGAGUAUCAAAAUCCAAGGCGGCCAGGAGGGGCGCACAAGCUCGACGUCUUCCGUGCCCAGCCGAGUGAUUGGCAGUCGACGCCCUCGCUGUCGCCAGAGAGCUCGAGCCCACCGACCACGCCUCGGUCGAGCAACAGCUUCGUCACCCUUCCCGACAUGGACCCGGGGAGUAGAGCCGACCUGAGCGACUUCCCACAACACAUCUGGAGCGAGGUGCCGAUGGGCUCGCCGAUGGAAGAGGAGAACAGCGAUCUUCGGCCCGUCGUCGUUUUCCUAUAUGACGUCGGCAUGAUGGGUCCCAUCCGACCACGCCGAUGGAUGUUCGGGCUUACCGGACUGCUCUUCGCGAAGCAGGGAUACGUCGCCGUUGUCCCAGACAUCACGACGUACCCGACCGGCCAGAUGGAGGACAUGGUCGCAGAUGUGCGCGCCACAUUAGCGUGGGUACACAAGGAGAUCCGCUACUACGGCGGCGACCCUUCGCGCAUAUACGUAUGCGGCCAUGGCCUCGGUGCCCACCUGGGCAUGUACACCAUCGCGCAGGACGUGGUGGUGCAUUCGCGCGACAAGGUCGAGCUGCACAACGCGGCCGUCAACUGGGCCAACAUGGGGUACGCCAACGACCAUCUCACAUCUGCAGGCCGGGAAAUUCCCAAUGGCGUCCGUGCUCUCCGCAUCUACGGACCAGACAUUGAGCUCCCGCCUAUCAAGGGCGUGAUCCUCUUAUCCCCCGUCGCCGACGUGAUCAAGCAGGUACGCCACGAGGCCAAGUGCUGGCUCGAACACGUGUCACCGCUCCGACGAUCGCUAGGCUCGAGCCAGACACGCUGUAUGCGCCACUCGCUCGGCCACAUCCUCUUCGCAGCCAAAGACCUUGUCGACGUCGACCUCCUCCCGCGCGGCGCCCUCAUUCUGCACGGCAAGCGCAACCAACUUGUCCCAGAGUGGCAGGGCACGUGGCUUGCCGAGCUCCUCCGCGGCUUCGACUUUGAAGUCACGCUCAGGACAUACGCGCGUUUGGGUCACUUUGACGUGGUCACAAACCUCAUGGCCGGGUUUGAGAGCCGGUCCACGGCGUUCUUAUUGGAAGAAAUCCGGUCGUUCAUCGAGAGCUCGCAUUAG